GGUUGGCUGGUAUGUGAUCAAAGACGAGCCAAUGGCAGCGGCUUAGAGAACUCCGGAGCUGACGUCACUCUCGUGUAAAACUCCGUCGAUACAAGUACCGGGAGAGAACCACGAGGAAUAUACGGAAAUAAAACUGACGGACAAACUCCGUUCGAACGGAGACCACUGCUCGCCAUAUUAGGACGCAGAGGUCAGAGGGAUUUCCCUGGUCUCAGCUCGCCGACGUUUCCAUACUUUCUGGAAUCCCCGUCACCCUGGCUACUGACGUAAUAUUGGAAAACGCCAACCGUUUGUUACGUAUUCAUCUGAAAUAGCCUGCAGAGCUGGAAAGCCUGUGAAGAUUUUCUCUUUUCGCCACGAUUGGUGAGCAGUGAAGGGCAGUGGUGUUCCGCUCAGGCUGGCUGUCGUCAAGGCUUAGCCCCUCACCCCCCUCCCCCCGGUCCAGUCUUCUCGCCAGGGUGUCUUCGUGUCGACACCCGCAGUGCUGUCACUCUGGCUAGACACGUGAAGCCAGACCUCCAUCAUAAUAUAAGACACUUUCAUAUCAAACGGACUUGAUAUGUAUCGUUUAAAAACACUGAUGUCUGUGAACAGCUGCACAAGGAAAGGGGUGUUGACCUUUCUCCGGGCAAACCUGUUGACUGGCCGUACAGGCUCCACUGGUGGAGUAACUCACAGUGUCCGCAACUAUGCCUUACCCGUCACAGCAGAACCCUUCCUUAAUGGAAGUUCUUCCAGUUAUGUUGAAGAAAUGUAUGUGUCUUGGCAGAAAGACCCAAACAGUGUUCACAAGUCCUGGGACUCUUUCUUUCGACAAGCCACACAGGGUGCGGGCCCAGGCGAGGCAUAUGUCCGCCCACCAACCCUUGCCCCUCUGGGAGCUUUCCCAUCCUCCUCCUCCCCCGCAGCCACUUCAGCGGAGCCUGUCAACGAUAAAGUCAUAGCCGACCAUCUGUCUGUGCAAGCCAUCAUCAGAGCUUACCAGAUACAAGGCCAUCAUAUAGCCUCUCUGGACCCCUUAGGCAUUGGGUAUGCUGAUCUGGACUCGGAGGUACCUGUGGCCUUAACACCACAGAACUAUGGCUUUGUAGACAAUCAAGACCUGGAGAGGGUGUUCAGGCUGCCUCACACCACACACAUUGGAGGAUCACAGGGUGCACUCCCCUUAAAAGAUAUCCUGGAAAGACUACAGGGCGUGUACUGUCAGCACAUUGGAAUAGAAUACAUGUUCAUCAACAAUUUCGAGCAAUGUGACUGGAUUCGACGGAAAUUUGAAACACCCGGUGUGAUGAACUUUGACAGUGAUCAGAAGCGACUAACCAUGGCAAGACUGAUUCGAUCUACAAGGUUUGAAGAUUUCCUAGCGAGAAAGUGGUCUUCUGAAAAGAGGUUCGGCCUGGAGGGCUGUGAAGUGAUGAUCCCUGCCAUGAAGACUCUCAUUGAUCAGUCAAGUUCCCUGGGGGUGGACAGCUUCGUUAUCGGCAUGCCUCACAGAGGCCGUCUGAACGUGCUGGCAAAUGUGUGUCGUAAACCUCUGGAGAAGAUCAUCUGUCAAUUCGAUUCCAAACUGGAAGCAUCAGACGAGGGCUCUGGUGACGUGAAGUAUCACCUGGGCAUGUGUGUGGAGAGGUUGAACCGCCUGAACAACAAACAGGUGAAGAUUGCUGUGGUGGCUAACCCCUCCCACUUGGAGGCCUGUGACCCUGUGGUACAGGGCAAGACGCGGGCAGAGCAGUUCUACAGGGGUGACCAGGAUGGCAAGCAGGUCAUGAGUAUUCUUCUUCAUGGUGAUGCGGCCUUUGCUGGCCAGGGAGUGGUGUAUGAGACCUUCCAUCUUAGCGAUCUGCCCGCCUACACCACAAAGGGUACCAUCCACAUCGUGGCCAACAACCAGAUUGGCUUUACCACUGACCCUCGUAUGGCACGCUCUUCCCCGUACCCAACAGACGUUGCACGAGUAGUUAAUGCCCCAAUCUUCCAUGUGAAUGCAGAUGACCCUGAGGCGGUGAUCUAUGUGUGCCAGGUGGCUGCUGAAUGGAGGGCCACAUUCGGCAAAGAUUGUGUCAUAGACUUGGUGGGUUACCGGCGAUACGGCCACAAUGAGAUGGACGAGCCGAUGUUCACACAGCCUCUCAUGUACAAGAAGAUCUCCAAACAGCCCACCGUUCUGUCACAGUAUGCUGAGAAGCUUAUCAAGGAGGGAACAGUCACACAGCAGGAGUACGAGGAGGAAGUGGCCAAAUAUGACAAGAUCUGUGAGGAAGCAUAUGUAUUGGCCAAGAAAGAGACAGCAGUGAGGAACACAGACUGGCUGGACUCACCCUGGAGUGGCUUCUUUGAGGGGCGUGACCCCAUGAAGAUGCAGCCCACGGGAGUAUCAGAGGACACACUGAGGCAUAUCGGUGGGGCUGUCAGUACGCCGCCACCUGGGGACUUUGUCAUCCAUGGAGGCCUGAAGAGGAUAUUGAAGAACCGUGACAACAUGGUGAAAGAGCGCAUGGUGGACUGGGCGCUGGGGGAGGCCAUGGCCUGGGGGUCAUUACUCAUGGAAGGCGUCCAUGUAAGGCUGUCUGGACAGGACGUGGAGAGAGGCACCUUUAGCCACCGUCACAGUGUCCUGCACAACCAGAACGUGGACAAGAUGACGUACGUGCCCCUCAACCAUCUGAGUCAGGACCAGGCCAUGUACACUGUGUGUAACAGCUCCUUGUCAGAGUAUGGAGUCCUCGGGUUUGAGCUGGGUUAUUCCAUGACCAACCCCAAUGCCCUGGUGAUCUGGGAGGCUCAGUUUGGUGAUUUCCACAACACAGCUCAGUGUAUUAUUGACCAGUUUAUCAGCAGUGGUCAGUCCAAGUGGAUCCGGCAAAGUGGAUUAGUCCUGCUGCCCCACGGCUACGAAGGAAUGGGUCCUGAACAUUCAAGUGCCCGCCCCGAGAGAUUCCUCCAGAUGAGCAACGAUGACCAUGAGUAUUUUCCUCCUGAAGGCCCCAACUUUGAAAUGCAACAGUUGCACGAGAUCAACUGGUUUGUGUGUAACUUCACCACGCCGGCCAAUUUCUUUCAUGCCAUGAGACGACAAAUUGCUCUUCCAUUUAGAAAACCUCUUAUAGUCAUGACACCAAAAAGCUUGUUGCGUUUGCCUGAGGCCAGGUCUAGCUUUGAUGAGAUGUCGGAGGGGUCAAAAUUCCGUCGGCUGAUCCCAGAGGAAGGCCCCGCUUCUCAGGACCCCGACCAGGUGAAGAAACUGAUCUUCUGCACAGGCCGAGUGUACUACGAUCUGGUGAAGGAGAGAGAAAAGAAGGAGAGAGUGGAGAGCAUUGCCAUAGCCAGGGUUGAACAGAUUUCCCCAUUCCCAUUUGACCUAGUCAAGGCUGAGAUCAGCAAGUACCCAAAGGCACGGCUCUGUUGGGCACAAGAGGAACACAAAAACAUGGGGGCCUGGUUUUAUGUGGAACCUCGCAUGAGAACUGUUUUGCAGAAGAUGGAAGUGGACAAGGAAAUACAAUAUGCAGGACGUUUUGCAUCUGCCGCAGCUGCAACAGGAAAUAAACAGAUGCACUUAAUAGAACUGGCAAACCUCUUACGGGACUCAAUAUCUCUACAAUAGAGUUAAGCUAGGCAGACAGAGAAGGUAGCCCAUGAUGGAAUCAACAGCUAAAGUUUUAACACUGCAAUAUUUAUAUUCACAGAUUUAUUUAUUGAUGCAACAGUGGAAUGUUUAAUAUGAACAUGUAAAUGGAGAUGGAUUUAUUUGGAUCUGAAAAUAUUUCCUAUUUUAGGAAGCUUUUUUAGCACAUCUGUAACAUUUCAGUGGACAUGUUGUAGUGUGUACAGUGGUUGUGUGCUAAUACCAUACGUUACAUCCGAUUCAUUGACACAGCUGGAACUAUUGUGUGAUGUCCGGUAAUGAUAUCGCGCAGUAACUGUUUUUGAAAGAAUGACUUUUUUUUCUUUAGUUAAGAUGAUUUAGCAUGAAAGAGUCCCAUGUUUGCUGUAAAAUAUGGAUUUAGGUAUUGAAUUAUGGAUUGUUUCGGUGUUUGGUACUUUUAAAAGUGUUUCGAAGACAACAGACAUUUAAGUGUUUUGGUGUGUAACUUUCCAGUACAGUAGUGUAUAAUGGUUUGUACUGUGUGAUCCUCAGAUGUGUAGUGACAACUCUUUUGGCUGGCCAGACUCAGUAACUGCAUGUGAAAACAAGUUGUUCUCAGGAAUUUUAUGUAGCAUGUUUUUGGUUGUUUCUGUGAUUUUAUCAGGUAGCCUAGAAACUUUAUUUUAAAUACAUGCAUCAUGUUUUUGAAUAAAUUGCCUAAAGCCAUGUAAAUUUUCUAUAAUUGUGAACGUUGUAUUUUGCUUCUAAUUGUCCUACAUAAAGCCUGUGAUAAACACCCCACAAGUCUGAUCACUUCAGCUUACACUGUGGUCUAGAUGUACUGAGUUUAUAAAAUUGCACAAACAGUUCUUUAUUUGGAGAUGUCGCCUAUGCACUUAAUCAUAAAUUCAGAAAGUCAUAAAUUUACCGAUAUUCAGUGCUUUUGGCACCUUUCUGCCUUAUUAACCAAAGAUAAGCUGGUCUGUAGAGGAUCUGGAUUGGUUUUGCGCCUGGUAAAUUUCACAAACACAACUGUUUGUCUUACAUUUGUAUGUUGUCCCUACAGUUGCUAUAUAAUUGGGGGUGGGCAGAGUAGUCAGUAGCAAUCACACACUUGUCUGUUAGCCAGAGCUUACCUCUUCAGGUGUUGAUAUAAUUAUGUUGAUUAUUAUUAUUAUUAUGUGAGCUGAGACUGCAGGUAGUAGACAGCUGUAGUUCAUUUUUAUAUGAAAAGCCAUAAAAACUCUUGUGUCAUUCAUGUUGUGUGGUUGACUGGAGGGUGUUAGUUGUUGAAUAAAGGAUAUUUUACACAUUA